UGUCCCCUUCGUUGCUAUCCAUCUCUUUCUUGUUAAACUAUUUCAACCGCAAAAUCUCAAAAACCUCUCACACUCAACAAUGGCGCUCUCUGCUCUUUCCAUCACAGCCCCCAAAUCCAUUUCUCUCAAACCCACGUCCUCUAUUUCCCGAUUUUCUUGUAAUUCCUCUUCUCCUACUCCUUCGCAUAAAUGCCAAGCAAAACCCUCUCUGGACAAACUUUCGGCGGCAAUGAAGGCUGUAUUCAAUGUGGGAAUUGGGAGCUUAGCAGCUUCACUUGUUGUUCUAUCUCCGUUGGAUGCUGAUGCUACCCGGAUCGAGUAUUUCGCCACCACUGCAGAGCCUUUGUGUGAGUUCAAAUUUGUUCCUUCUGGGCUUGGGUACUGCGAUGUAUUGGUGGGUUCCGGUGAGGAGGUCCCAUACAACGAGCUCAUCAACAUUCACUACACUGCAAGGUUUGCUGAUGGGAUAGUCUUUAACAGUAGCUACAAAUGGGGAAGGCCUCUCACUAUGCGUCUCGGUAUGGGCAAGGUCAUUAGGGGACUGGACCAGGGAAUUCUAGGGGGUGAAGGAGUACCUCCAAUGCUAUUAGGCGGAAAACGUAAGCUCCACAUCCCUCCAGAAUUAGCGUAUGGGCCAGAACCAGCUGGAUGCUUCUCUGGGGAUUGUAAUAUACCCGCCAACGCAACUCUUGUCUAUGACAUUAAGUUUGUUGAAAUCUACUCGGGAAAUAGAAAGUGAAGCCAGGCUGUAUGCUAAUAUGAAUGUAUGAGAAAGCCAUGUAGAUCAUGAGAGAGCAAUACUGCAAAAUUGAUCCCACUCAACUUGGAUUAUGGUGAACUGAGUUUUUGCGGAAGACUAGCAAUCAGCCUGUAUCUAAUAGGAAGGAUAGAUGCUGUUGCUAAGUGGAUCCAGAGCAGUUACAGUUGGAGAAUGUCAACCUGAAAUGGUCCAGUCGGGUUUGGAUUAUGUUAGCUUUUGAGGUUGAUCUACCUCAGUUGUUCUGGUUAUUCAAAUAUCUUGAGGUCUCUGUACCAUAGUAAUACUAGUGCAGCAUCAGAAGGAUCCCCCUUAUAAAAAAUAAAAUAAAAAAGACGGAUCUGAUCCAAAAAUAACAUGAAAGACUUGAAGCCAAAACUUGUGCCAACAUCCCGUACCUUGUCAACUCAUAUGGUCGCGCUUGAAGCUGGGAUUUCCUCUGUUCUUUUUUUG